AUGACUGCAGUCGCCAACCCGCCCAAUUUUCCGAUCUCACGACCAGCAUGGGCGAUUAACGGGCAUCAUCAAAUGAAUUCAGACGAAGCCCGAGGCGGCAUGGGCAUGUUCAUGCCGCGCAAAACCUUGACGCGGUCCAACUCGUCCUCCUCCGUCUCUUCAACCUCGUCCAACUCCUCCACCACCACAGUUGCUACGAACGGCUCCCACACCAAUGGAACUCCUCUAUCGUCGACUACGGAUCUGAGCCAAUGGUCGGCCAACGGUGCGCCUCGAAAACGGCCUCAACCCAAGAACCCCUGGCCCGCAGGGAAGGGUGAUUUCCAGCAAGAUCUCUCCCGGGUUCCUGCCGGUCGAGGAGCCGGUAUGAUGGCCCAUGGGCCUGUUCAGGCCGGUCCUGGCCAGGUCCAGAUGUCACCGCAAGGCAUGAUGCGACCUAUGACCGCCGAGCAGUUUCCUCCGGGCCAGCCGGUAUUAUAUCUACUUUCUCUAAACGGAACUUUUGAACGAAAGACUAUUGCUGUUCCCUUUGCUCCCGAGAGCCUUCGAAUUGGCCGCCAGACGAACCAAAAGACUAUCCCGACCCCCACCAACGGUUUCUUUGACAGUAAAGUGCUGUCGAGACAGCAUGCUGAGAUUUAUGCGGAGCGUAACGGCAAGAUCUAUAUCCGAGAUGUCAAGUCGUCAAACGGAACUUUUGUCAAUGGAACUCGUCUAUCCCAGGAAAAUCGCGAAUCAGAGCCCCAUGAACUGCAGACUUCGGACCACCUCGAACUCGGUAUCGACAUCGUCAGUGAGGACCAGAAAACUGUUGUUCAUCACAAGGUUGCUGCCAAGGUUGAACACGCUGGCUUUCUAAGUGCUUCGAGCAAUGUUUUGGAUAUGAACUUUGGAGAUCUCGACCCGGCCAACGGCGCAAUGAUGAUGCCUUCAGGACCUCAGAUGCGUGGCCGGGCCGGUAGCAAUGCUUCGAUGGCCAGCAAUGGUCGGAUGAUGCCCAACGGCGGCAUGAUGAACAUGCAGGCUAAUGGCAUGCCUCAACAACGGCCUUUCUUUCUAACCCCAGUUGCCACUGAUCAGAUCCUCAAACGGCUUGCGAACGAAAUGCGAAACGCUCGUCUCCAGGCGCAGGAUCUGGGCCGGACGAACCAGUUCGUUCACACUCUAUUAUCCAAGGACGACCUCAAGGAUCUCGACAAGCCAGAGGGCCUUGAGCCUCCCAAGCCUCAGCCCAUUGUUAAUGGCAUGGGCACACCGUUCCGUACAGACCCCAAGGCUCGAUUCUCUGAUCCUCCCGCACCUCCUCCUCAGCAACCUCUUCCUGAGAAGCCCGAUGUACCCUCUCUCAAGCGUGGUCCCACCGAGCGACCCAAGUCAGGACCACCCAACACCUCGCCCAUCCGGCCAGAUAAUCUCAGCCAGAUCGUCCAGCUUACCGAGGCCCUGAACAAUGCCAAGCGAGACAUCGACUCUCAAACCGCACGUAUGCGUGAACUCGAAGAAAUGCUGCAAAAGGAACGACUUGCUCGUGAAGAGGCAGAGGAGUUGGCUAAGAGACUAGAGGAAUCAGCAACUUCUCAUAUGAACGGAUCAGCCAUCCCUGGGGAGUUGGAAACGCCUGAGGAGCCUGAGGCCGUUGAGGAGGUUGUUCCCGAGAUCCCUGCACCAGAAGUUGUGGAGGAGACAACCCCCGCUGUUGAUGCAGCUCAGGAGACUGCCACCCUUCUUCAAGCCCGCAUCGAUAUUAUGGAGAACCAGAUGCGAGACAUGAAGGAGCAGAUGGAAGAGUGGAAGCAACGCUGCGAGAUGGCCGAGUCAGAACGAGACGCUGAUAGGAAGACGCUGGCUGAGAUGGUUGUUCAGCUUCGUGCUGAGGAAGCUCUGCGAGAAGAGGCAGAGAAGAGGGCUCGCUCCAGGUCGAGGAGAAGAAAUUCCGAGGCCGAAGCUGCUGUCACUGAGCAGACCCCUGCCACAGAAGAUGCUAAAGACAUCGAUGAGAAGGCAGGAGUUGUUGAGCCAGCUGUCAACGACGAAUCCUCUGAUGCGCCCACUUUGUCCCGGGCCAACACAAUCACUCCAUCGAGUCCUCAAAAGGGCGCCCUUGCACAGGAAAAGCACCUGCACGCUGGACUGCCCUAUGCCUCGAUGAUCGGUGUGGUUCUGUUUGGCGUGGGAUUGAUGGCGUACCUCAACGGUUGGCAAGCCCAGCCUCCUCGGCCCGAGCAGUAA